AAACGCCAAUUGAAUAACAGACCCACAUAAAACGCACAGUCAUCCAGUGUUGGUUACAAGACCAUGAAGUUGAUGUAAUCAAGGGUAAAGCUACUGUUUUGUCUCGGCCAAUCAGAAAUAAGCUUUGCUGUUAGGACCCACGGGUGAUCACUUUAAUGCCUGAUUGUAAUAAAAUCUUAAAUUUUUAUUUUUUUAUUUUUUUUAUUUGUGAUUAGUAAUAUGUGGUAUUCUGUGGUACAAACUUCUCAAUUAAUUCUAGCUCAAAUCAUAAACAUGACAAAUCUAUGUGUUUAUACAGCAGCUAAUAACAGGCAUUUAACGGGGCAGUCUCUUGGGCCUUUACAUCAUCCUCUCGUUGACAUUUCGCGACAUUACCACUUGUGGCUACUAGAGGAUGGGCUUCAGCAGAGGAAAUUAACUCAAAAAACAAGGCAAAACGUUGUGUUUUUGACCGAAGGACCGGGCAGGCGGCACAGGGAGGAUGUCUCAGGUGCUAAGGCUUUUCUCCGCGGCCGCGCUGCCGUUCUGCCGCGCUGCGGGAGCCCGGACAAGUCUGUGGGUGACGCCAGGACUUGGACUUUCCGCUGCUGGAACCCGGAGCUUCGCUGCUGUGAACGUUCGCCGGACUCCACUUAACUUCACGUCCUGUCGCAGAUUGCAGACAGUGCAGAGACGACUGUACUCCUCUGAGCCCAAAGAUGGAAAAGGUGGAGGAGGAAAAGACUGGUGGAGUCGAAUACAGAAGGGCGACUUCCCCUGGGAUGAGAAGGAUUUUCGCUACAUUGCUGUGACUGUGGCCGGCGUCAGUUCAAUUCUGCUCUACUUCUACUUCAGAGACAGAGGUAGAGAGAUCACCUGGAAGGAAUUCGUUCAUCGCUACCUGGGCAGAGGCGUGGUGGAGCGGUUGGAGGUGAUCAACAAACAGUUUGUUAGAGUGACCCUGGUGCCGGGAGCCGACACUGAUGCGAGUUACGUUUGGUUCAACAUCGGCAGCGUUGACACCUUUGAGAGGAACCUGGAGGCGGCGCAGUUAGAGCUGGGCCUGGAACUGUCAAACCAAGCCACUGUGGUCUACAGCACAGAGAGCGAUGGCUCUUUCCUGCUGAGCGUCGUUCCCACCCUCUUGCUGUUCGGCUUUCUGCUCUUCACCCUGCGACGAGGACCUCUCGGAGGAGGGGUCAGUGGCAAGAGGGGCGGGCCCUUCAGCAUGGGCGAAUCGACGGCCAAAAUGAUGAAAGACAACAUCAACGUGAAGUUCAAGGAUGUGGCCGGCUGCGAGGAGGCCAAAGUAGAAAUUUUGGAGUUUGUCAACUUCUUGAAGAACCCGCAGCAGUACCAGGACCUUGGAGCAAAGAUCCCCAAGGGUGCUGUGCUGUCCGGUCCCCCUGGGACAGGAAAGACUCUCUUGGCCAAAGCUACAGCUGGAGAGGCCAACGUCCCCUUCAUCACUGUAAAUGGCUCUGAGUUCCUGGAGAUGUUUGUGGGUGUUGGUCCGGCUCGGGUGCGGGAUAUGUUUGCAAUGGCGAGGAAGAACGCACCCUGCAUCCUCUUCAUUGACGAGAUUGAUGCUGUGGGGAGGAAGAGAGGAGGGGGGGACUUUGGUGGUCACAGUGAGCAGGAGAACACGCUGAACCAGCUGCUGGUGGAGAUGGAUGGUUUUAACACGGCCACUAAUGUUGUCAUCUUGGCUGGAACCAACAGACCCGACAUACUGGAUCCAGCACUGAUGAGACCAGGACGCUUUGACAGACAGAUUUACUUAGGUCCUCCAGACAUUAAAGGCAGGGCGUCGAUCUUUAAAGUUCACCUACGACCAAUCAAACUGGACCCAAAUCUGGACAGAGAUGCUCUUGCCAGGAAGAUGGCGGCAGCAACACCUGGGUUCACUGGAGCUGACAUUGCUAACGUGUGCAAUGAGGCAGCUCUUAUCGCUGCCAGACACUUGGAGCCGUCGGUCAACAGUAAACACUUUGAACAGGCGAUCGACCGCGUCAUCGGAGGUCUGGAGAAGAAGACACAAGUGUUGCAGCCCACAGAGAAGAAGACUGUAGCGUAUCAUGAAGCUGGUCACGCCAUCGUUGGCUGGUUCCUGGAGCACGCUGACCCACUGCUGAAGGUGUCGAUCAUCCCUCGAGGAAAGGGUCUGGGUUAUGCACAGUACCUGCCCAGAGAGCAGUACCUGUACAGCAAAGAGCAGCUGUUCGACAGGAUGUGCAUGAUGCUGGGGGGCCGUGUGGCCGAGCAGGUUUUCUUCGGCCGGAUCACCACCGGAGCGCAAGACGACCUGAAGAAGGUCACACACUCAGCCUACGCUCAGGUGGUGCAGUUUGGGAUGAGCGAGAAGGUGGGGCAGGUGUCGUUUGACCUUCCCCGGCAGGGUGAGAUGGUCCUGGAGAAACCGUACAGUGAGGCGACCGCUGAGCUGAUUGACGGGGAAGUUCGAGAACUGGUGGAGACAGCGUUCGAUCGAACCCUGCAGCUCAUCAAGGACAAGAAGGACCUCGUGGAGAUGGUGGGGAAGCGACUCCUGGAGAGGGAGGUCCUGCACAAAGCGGACAUGUUGGAGCUUUUGGGCCCGCGGCCGUACCAGGAGAAGUCGACAUAUGAGGAGUUUGUGGAGGGAACAGGGAGCUUCGAGGAGGAUACUAGUCUUCCUGAGGGCCUCCGAGACUGGAACCAGGAGAGAGGGGCUGAGACAGAGGAUGCCAAGCAGGCAACGUAGAACCAAAUACGCUUCACAUCCAAGGCCCAAAAAACCCAAACCAGCUUAGAGCCAAGUCAGUUUGCCAGAGUCUAGGAAGUGAGUGUGGGGGAUUCUUGUACAAGCAAGUGACCUAAACGAACAACGAGAGACUAUUUUAAUCUUUUUAGUAGGAGUCAUCUGAAUCUGUGUAACUCUGAGACCCACCAGCCUCUGGACCAAUGCCUCUAAAGUACAGGACAAAAAUGUUUUCCAAACUGCCUUACACCUGGAGCAGGAAACAAAGAGCAGGUUUGAUCUUCCUGAACUGAUCGGACAGAUGCUUGUUAUUUAUUUGAUAGUGGUUUUUUUUGUGGUAUCUACUGAUCGGAUCUGAUCGUGGCCAAAUGUAAAGCUUUUUACAGUGUGUAAUAUUUAGAGAACUUGUUUUUAACCAUUUUCAAGUUAUGGACUUAAGAGGAAGAUGUGUUGACUUGGGUAGAAGUGCUUCAACUACAAUUUUGGGUUUGCUUCAUUUUCACAGUAAAGAUCUCAGGUAUUCUACUGCAACCUGUCUAUAUUUUUGCCUCUAACAUGAAAUGUUCUUGAAGGCAGAUAAAAAUCUAGCAGAUCCUGAUGGUUUGAAAAUGUAAA